AUGAGGGUGGAGCUGAAGGAGAGGGAGCGGCCCCCUGUAGCUGGUGGAGCAGGGGGCGCCGGUGUUGGUGGAGCACGGGGCUUCCGUGUUGGUGGAGCAGGGGGCUCCAGUGUUGGUGGAGCACGGGGCUUCCGUGUUGGUGGAGCAGGGGGCUCCAGUGUUGGUGGAGCACGGGGCUUCCGUGUUGGUGGAGCAGGGGGCUCCAGUGUUGGUGGAGCACGGGGCUUCCGUGUUGGUGGAGCAGGGGGCUCCAGUGUUGGUGGAGCACGGGGCUUCCGUGUUGGUGGAGCAGGGGGCUCCAGUGUUGGUGGAGCACGGGGCUUCCGUGUUGGUGGAGCAGGGGGCUCCAGUGUUGGUGGAGCACGGGGCUUCCGUGUUGGUGGAGCAGGGGGCUCCAGUGUUGGUGGAGCACGGGGCUUCCGUGUUGGUGGAGCAGGGGGCUCCAGUGUUGGUGGAGCACGGGGCUUCCGUGUUGGUGGAGCAGGGGGCUCCAGUGUUGGUGGAGCACGGGGCUUCCGUGUUGGUGGAGCAGGGGGCUCCAGUGUUGGUGGAGCACGGGGCUUCCGUGUUGGUGGAGCAGGGGGCUCCAGUGUUGGUGGAGCACGGGGCUUCCGUGUUGGUGGAGCAGGGGGCUCCAGUGUUGGUGGAGCACGGGGCUUCCGUGUUGGUGGAGCAGGGGGCUCCAGUGUUGGUGGAGCACGGGGCUUCCGUGUUGGUGGAGCAGGGGGCUCCAGUGUUGGUGGAGCACGGGGCUUCCGUGUUGGUGGAGCAGGGGGCUCCAGUGUUGGUGGAGCACGGGGCUUCCGUGUUGGUGGAGCAGGGGGCUCCAGUGUUGGUGGAGCACGGGGCUUCCGUGUUGGUGGAGCAGGGGGCUCCAGUGUUGGUGGAGCACGGGGCUUCCGUGUUGGUGGAGCAGGGGGCUCCAGUGUUGGUGGAGCACGGGGCUUCCGUGUUGGUGGAGCAGGGGGCUCCAGUGUUGGUGGAGCACGGGGCUUCCGUGUUGGUGGAGCAGGGGGCUCCAGUGUUGGUGGAGCACGGGGCUUCCGUGUUGGUGGAGCAGGGGGCUCCAGUGUUGGUGGAGCACGGGGCUUCCGUGUUGGUGGAGCAGGGGGCUCCAGUGUUGGUGGAGCACGGGGCUUCCGUGUUGGUGGAGCAGGGGGCUCCAGUGUUGGUGGAGCACGGGGCUUCCGUGUUGGUGGAGCAGGGGGCUCCAGUGUUGGUGGAGCACGGGGCUUCCGUGUUGGUGGAGCAGGGGGCUCCAGUGUUGGUGGAGCACGGGGCUUCCGUGUUGGUGGAGCAGGGGGCUCCAGUGUUGGUGGAGCACGGGGCUUCCGUGUUGGUGGAGCAGGGGGCUCCAGUGUUGGUGGAGCACGGGGCUUCCGUGUUGGUGGAGCAGGGGGCUCCAGUGUUGGUGGAGCACGGGGCUUCCGUGUUGGUGGAGCAGGGGGCUCCAGUGUUGGUGGAGCACGGGGCUUCCGUGUUGGUGGAGCAGGGGGCUCCAGUGUUGGUGGAGCACGGGGCUUCCGUGUUGGUGGAGCAGGGGGCUCCAGUGUUGGUGGAGCACGGGGCUUCCGUGUUGGUGGAGCAGGGGGCUCCAGUGUUGGUGGAGCACGGGGCUUCCGUGUUGGUGGAGCAGGGGGCUCCAGUGUUGGUGGAGCACGGGGCUUCCGUGUUGGUGGAGCAGGGGGCUCCAGUGUUGGUGGAGCACGGGGCUUCCGUGUUGGUGGAGCAGGGGGCUCCAGUGUUGGUGGAGCACGGGGCUUCCGUGUUGGUGGAGCAGGGGGCUCCAGUGUUGGUGGAGCACGGGGCUUCCGUGUUGGUGGAGCAGGGGGCGGUGCUGUUGAUGCGGUGGAGCAUGCUGGUACUGCGUCCUCCUCCACAAAUACAGGAGGGGGUGGUGAAGGUGUAGCAGGGGGCGGUGCUGUUGGUGUGGGUGCUGUUGGUGCGGUGGAGCAUGCUG